CAAUCAACUUUACUUUUACAAAAAUCAAGUGAAUACAUAAUCUAUAAUAUACGUUCUUUAAUUUGAAAGGAUAUCAGAACAUGUAUGAUGUUAGAUAACUAAAUAUGUUUGCACAAACGGUUAUUUUAAAUAGAACAUUUAAAAGAAGUGUUUGUAAUAAGAUUUUGUGUAUCAACAUUAAUCAAGUUUAUAGAAGCGAUCUUAAAAUUAGAUUAUAUCAUGGUGCAGAGAAAGUUAAAGGAAGUUUUCUUCAGAAUUGGUUAAAUUAUUGGAAAAACGUUUAUUAUGACUACAAAGAAGUAGCUAUUAAUAUUUCUAAAGAAAGUAAAGAACAUCCUAUAAAAACUACAAUUUAUACUAUAUUUGCAGGAAUAAUUUAUUAUGGGAUAAAACAUAAUCCAGAUGAAAUUACUUUUAGAGAGCAAGUCAUUAGCAGUUCUUUAAAAUUGGGUCAAGUAGGAGAACAAAUACGAAAUCCAAUCAGUGCUUGUUAUGUGAAAUGGCUUGAACAAUGUUAUAAUGAAGGAAUCUUGCGUCGACUAAAUCUUGGAAUUAUUUCUAUAAUGUGGUUAAAUAAUUAUGAUAAUAAGUGUGCACUCUAUAAAACUAUAUGUCCCUAUCUUAAGCCUCAAUUUGUUACUUUGCAUCAAAGAAUAAUUGACAUUGGUUUCUUAGAUAAUUGGUGGAUAUUAAAAAAUAGUAUGAUUGAUUACGAUGUAAAUGAUGAUGAACACUUAGAAAAUUUACUUGCAUAAAAAAUGUAUAUUUAAAUUUUGUUACAUGAUUUUAAUCAUUAUAAUAAUUUUAAUAUAAAC